AUGGGCAAGUUCAUGAAACCCAGGAAAGUGGUGCUGGUUCUGGUUGGCUGCUACUCCGGACGCAAAGCCGUCAUCAUGAAGAAUAUUGAUGAUGACACCUCUGACCAUACCUACAGCCAUGCUCUGGUGGCUGGAAUUGACCACUAUCCAUGCAAAGUGACAGUUGCCAUGAACAAGAAGAAAAUUGCCAAAAGAUCAAAGAUCAAGUCUUUUGUGAAGGUUUAUAAUUAUAAUCACCUCAUAAACACAAAAUAUUGUGUGGAUAUCACAUUGGACAAAACUGUUGUCAAUAAAGAUAUCUUCAGAAACCCAGCUCUGAAAUGUAAGGCCAGAGGUGAGGCCAAGGUCAAGUUCGAGGAGAUAUACAAGACAGUCAAGAACAAGUGGUUCUUACAGAAACUUUGGUUUUAG